AUGGGAUAUAGAGGACCACUGAACAAGGCUAACUACUUGAAAGCAUGUUUUUCCAAGCCUUACAAGUUUCUUAUACAUUCAGUGUUGCAUGCUCUAAGUCACAGGAAAGGUGGCUAUGAUGUUAUGAUGGAUUAUCAAAUGAGCAUGGCGACGACACUCGUGUUAAACAAGAAGUAUAAUUUUUCAAAGAUUGUGUUCCAUUACAUGGUAGAGAAUAUUACUUCGAAAAGCAAGACAUGGGUUUAUCCACGAUUUGUACAAAUGAUACUGGAUCAUGCUUAUCCAGAGUUAGAAAAAGAUGAAAAGAAUGAUUUGUUGAUGUUGUACCAUAUGGAUAAUGAGACGUUGAAAGUUUUAGCAAGAUAUCACACAAACCAUCCAGAGCCAUCAACAAAAGCUGAAUUCUUUGGGUUUAUCAAAGACAAAAAUUAUCAAGAUCCAAAUCCAGUUGAUCACCAGAACUGGAGAAAUGAGAAAGAGAUGAAAGAAGCAAGUUAUGCUGAUGAGUUGAAAAUUCUUGAAAAUUUCAAAGAAACGAGGAAUGAGUGGUUUCUGAAAGGAGAAAAGAAAAAGAGGAGCAAAAAAGCAACUCCUAAAGUUCAAGUAGAGGAGGGAUCAUCUUCUCAACCAAAGAAGCGUCGAAAAAAAAGUGUUGAGACUAUGCUAGUUGAUGAAUCUGAUAAAGAAGAUGAAGCAGAAGCUGAAGGUGAUGCUGAAGGAGAUGACGUUCGUUUAUCUCCUGAAUCUGCAAAGUUGUUGAAAUCUCUUACCGAUUAUAAUGCUGAAACAGAGAAGACAGCUGGUGAUGAAGGUGAUAAUGAAGAUAAAAGUUCAUCAAGUUCAUCUGAUGAAGAUAUUGAUGAAACUGAACGUCCAGAAAGAAUUAGAGCUGAGAUUGAAAAAGAGAAAAAGCUAAAGAGAAAGAGGAGAGAGGAUAAAGAUGAUGAGUUGUAUAAUCCAUCUCCUGAGCAUGUUAUAGAAUCUCAGACACCUCCAUCAUCUGGUGGUAGGAAGAAGACAAGUGCAAGAAAACGCCUUGUAUCUCCUCAAGCAGCAAGAAGAAAAAUAACAAUCAAGCUGCCUAAACACACAUUAAAGUCAAAACCAAAUCAACCACCAUCACCACCACCUGAACCAUCACCACCUAAAUCACCACAUCAAUCACCUCCAAAACAACCCACACCACGACCAUCACCUCCACCACAAACUGAAAAACAUUUUUCACCACCACAUCUUUCACUGCCACAUCUAUCACCACCACAUGAACAACCUAUUGUUACUUCACAACAAAUUUUCCAAACACCACCAUCUACAGGACCACCUGUUCAAACCACUCUUGGAUCUUCGGGAUACAAAGAUUUUCCUCACAUACCAGUAAAUAUUCCUCUAGAAGACAUUGGUGAUUUUAGCUUUGCAAGUGAUGAGCAAGUAAAAAGGUUGGAAAAGAAGGUUGAAGAAGUAUUGGUUGAGAACAAGAAGUUGUUGGAUCGAGAGAAGAAAUUGGAAAAGCAUGUUAAGUCUAUGGAAGCUGAAAAUUCUUCAUUGUUAAAGAAAGUUGAAGCUGAUCAGGCAGAGAUUGAUAUUAUGAAAGUGAAAAUUGCUGAGUUGGAAGAAGAGAAAGCACGCAGAGAUGAGCAGAACAAAUAUUUCAAACUGAAGAAUAAAGAAUUAGAAGCUGCUAAUGCACAGAAAGAUCAAAAGAUGUAUAUGAUGAACAAGGUGCUAGAAAGUUUGAUUGGUAUGUCUGUUGAACAAAAAUUUAAAGAAAUUCAAGUUGAGGAAGUUAGAGCUAUACGUCAAGCUGUGAUUGAUGCUGAAAUGAAAAAUAAUGGCAAACGUGUUGAAGGUACUUCUGAUGUUGCUGAGAGAGCAAUUGUUCUAUCUUCUGUUACUGAGUCUCCUAUUCAGAAUCCUUGUCCUAUAUCUACUGUUUCCGGUAUUUUUGAAGAGGAUGUAUUGAUUGAUGAUGUUAUUGAUGAUGAGGAAGAGGUCGAUGAGGAUGAUGAAGAUGAGGAAGUUGAUGAAGAUAAGACAGAUGAUGCAGACGAUGUAUUCUCUGCAAGUAGUCAUAGUGACGAUGGUAAUGAUGAUGACGACGGUCAAGGUGGUACAGGGAUUAAAGUUACAGAAGCAUCUAAUGAAGAGAAUGUCGAUGAUUAUCUUCAUGAUGAUGCAAAUGAAGAGCCUGAGGAUGCUACAGGUGAGGAGGAGAACGUUGAUGAUCAAAACGUUUAUAAAAGAGAAAAGUUGAUUUUGCAUCUAGAGCCUGAAGUCGAGGAAGGAGAAAUCAGGCAUACUUAUACCAUGAAUGAUAUUAUCGAGAUGACGUGUAUUGAUGAUCCUAACUUCAAGUUUGACUUUGAAGAAGAGUUGAAUGCGUUUGAUAUGAACCAACAGCCCGACUAUCAGUACAAGUAUGUUGAAGAGGCAGAUAACUAUGAUCGAGUCGAGGUUGAAGACUGCAACGAUAAGGGAAUGUGA